CAUAUGCCCUAAACAGCAAUAGUCUUUCGUUGCAAUUGGUGUUUAGCAGACACAUUGCAAUUGCUCUGGAAUCAUCUUAAAGAUGGCGAUGCCGAGAGCUAUACUGUUUUUUUCGUCAGUCCUCAAGUCCAACUUCCACAAAACUGGUCAGAAGUGGAUAAGCAAUGACGUACGGACAUUCACGGACACAGAAACACUGAGGAUGCCCAAUGGCGAUAAGUAUCCUUCUAGGCUCUUCAGUAAGGGCGAGAUUGACACCCGAAUUACCAACCUUCGCAGCCAUAUGGAAGAAAAGGGCAUCGCUGCGUGUCUAUUUACAUCAAUACAUAACGUUAACUACUUCUCAGGAUUCGUCUACUGUGGUUUUGGUAGACCUUAUGGACUACUGAUCACACCCGAUAAGCAUGUGACUAUUUCAGCCCUUAUUGAUGCAGGUCAGCCGUGGCGACGAUCCCCUUAUGACAACAUCAUCUAUACUGACUGGAAGAGAGACAAUUUCUACCGAGCGAUUGUGAAGGAGCUCGGAAACACGAGAGGGCCACUAGGCAUCGAACACGACCACAUGACCCUGGAAGUCACUCAUAAGCUAAGAAACAACCUACCUCUUAACAAUGCGUUGGUGGACGUGGGUGCGCAUACUAUGAGGAUGCGUAUGAAGAAAAGCGCCGAGGAGAUUGCGGUUACAAAGAAUUGUUGUGCGACGGCAGACGUGGGGGCAUGGGCGUGCAAGGAGGCUCUUCAUGAAGGCGUGCCAGAGUAUGAGGUGUCACUGGCGGGUCUGACUGCCAUGGUGAGGAAUAUCGCCAAGCUCUACCCCGAUAGUGACCUCAUGGAUAGUUUAGUCUGGUUUCAGUCUGGUAUCAACACAGACGGCGCUCACAAUCCACUUACCACGCGAAGGGUUAAUAAGGGUGACAUUCUGUCCCUUAGCUGCAUUCCUUUACACCAAGGAUACUACACCUCCAUGGAGAGAACGAUGUUCCUGGGCCACUGCUCCGACGCCCACCUCAAGAUCUGGGAGGCGAACGUCGCGGUUCACAAGAGAGGGAUCGAACUUAUCCGCCCCGGGGUGACCUGCGCCGAGCUGGCCAUGGAACUCAACCACAUGUACGCGGAAUUCGGCUUGUUAAAGUACAGGAUGUUUGGUUACGGACAUUCCUUCGGGACGAUGAGUCAUUAUUACGGACGGGAGGCUGAACUGGAGAUUCGUGAGGAUAUCCACACCGUCCUGGAACCCGGUAUGGUGGUGUCAAUGGAACCCAUGAUCACCAUACCCGAGGGCCAGCCGGGUGCGGGCGGGUACAGAGAACACGAUGUUCUCGUUAUCAACCAGGAUGGCUCAGUCGAUGAUAUCACGGGCUUUCCCUUCGGCCCUGAGCAUAAUAUUGUUCAGAAGUAAUAAGAAGCACAUUCCGUUGUGGAUUGGCUGUUGCUCUAAGGGCUGUGUUAAAAUGAAAAUACAAUACAGGGAUUUUGUGAUGCUGUAUGCAUAUUUUUCAUUACUAUUUCCACAAAAGAGCUGUUAUAUACUUAGUUGAUAUGUAUGUAUGUAUAUACGUAUCCCUAUGUA